AUGACGAUCUUCUGCUCUCCCGAUGACAUUGACGACGAGACCCGCCCCCGGAAUCAUCACUCGGGCGGCGCGAGCACCACCACCGAGAACAAGAACAGCCAUCAAAAUCGUCUGUACGAACCCUUACUCUCGAAAGCGAAGUCGAUUUUGAACGUCUCAUCAUCCGAGAAUGAGAUCAUUUUGACGAAAGCUUCGAUCGAUCGCGCGUUUAGGAAGCACUCGUUGAAAGCGCAUCCGGAUAAAAAAUCCGGGUCGGAGGAGAUGUUUAAGCGAGGGAAAUGGGCGAAGGAGGUGCUGAUGCGACACGUGAACGGCGAAGAUUUGAAUGGUUUUUGGUGGGAGGAGGGAGAUGGGGACGGCGAGCGCGAGAGUUUGAGGAAACCGACGUACGAUUGGAAACGGACCAGAGGAAAGAAGAAGAAGGAGGAAGAGGAGGAUGAGAUGAAUGGACGAAAAAGAGGCGAUAAUGCAGAACAAAGCGACUGUUUAAAAGACGGAAACGAUCGUCAUGAUCCAGAAGAAGAAGAACAAGAAGAGCAGAUAAAAUUGAGAACGUUGCACGAGACGCAUAAACACGCGGUGACGGUGAUGUCUGUUUUGAAGGGAGACGGGUGCGUUUUCAUCGCAUCCGGCGACGCCGGAGGCGAGGUAGUUAUAUACGAGAAGAAGAGCAAGAAAAUACUGAGCAUUAAUGCGGGGUCUGACGUUAAACGCAAGCUCGGCGCCAUAGCAGCUCUUGAGUGGAACGGUGAUGGAAAUAAUAAUACGCGCGGACAAACUAUCUCUCUCGCGGUGACGUUUGCGAAAGGCUGCGACGCGCACGUGUACGAGUUUCUCCCUAUCGAUUUGAGCGUAAAGAGCAAAGCGGUUUUACGAGGAACGCACUCUAAGCGCAUCACGUGUUGCGCUUUUAACGACGAUAUUUUAGUAUUAGGAUCGGCAGAUGGUACCUCUAGCGUUUGGGCGAAAGAGCCUUGCGAGGACGCUUCCAACGAGUGGACGAGGAAGCGGAUGUUGAGACACCAUUCCGAUAAAGAGAAAGAAGCGACCCCAAAAUCGGCCAUAACUUCGACGCUUAUCCAUUUCAGCGGCACCGAAAAAGACCAAAAACAUCUGCACAUCGUCACCUCUGAUGCGAGCGGUCGUUUUAAAGUUUGGGAAGGCGAUAGCGGUCAUCUCGAAAAACUUGCAAAAAUACACGACGUAAAUUGGAGCGGAUGCGGCGGUAUCGUUAAGACCGCGUUGAUGAGGAAACAUAAAUCAACAGCGACCACGAGCAACGACGAGAAAGUAUACGUGAUAACAUCGCACUUCGAUUCCAACUCUGAUAUUUCAAGAGCGCUCUGUUGGGACGCAUUCAGUCAAAACGACGACCAAAAAACGCCUAUUCGCGGAUACGUCCACGAGUACCCGAAAAAAGGCGUUCCUUUUUACGGCCGAUUGAGCAGCUUUGAUUUUUUCACGCCUCCUCCGAGUGGUGAAGAAGAUAGGCGACGCGAACCUAUCGCCGCCGAACCACUCGAUUCCGACACCGAAAACGACGACGCGUCCUCGUCCUCCCUCGGUGCGUUCGUCGCCGCAUCCACCCUCACCGUCGUCGACACCUCCGCCAACACCCUCUUAUUCGCGCUCGACCUCCCGUCCACCUCCAAACGAACCAAAAUAUCUCCAAACGGUCUCCUCGUGGCGUCCGCAUUAACCACAGGUCAAAUAUCAAUCGUCUCCAUCGACGACGCCGAAGCUCUCUUCGAAAUAAACGACGACAGAAGCGCCACAUCGACAUCUCCUUCUCCUCCUCCUCUUCUCCGCCACCCGGAGAACCAAACGAACGCAACACCGCUUUGGACGUUAGAGUGGCUCGACGGUCAUACCUUAAUCUACGGUAACCAAAACUGUGCGCUGUGUGAAGUUCAAAUAUCGAGCAGUGCGUGA